AAAAAUAGUUCUGAACUUGUCUUAGUCUUGAACUUCACUUCUUGCAUCAAACUACACCAGAGCAAUCAUAUGGUUUAUUAUUUUCAUCAGUGAAGAUUGAAACUGAUUGACCUAACCCGGGAAUAAGAAACUUCAAGGUGAUGCCUGAUGGUCCGGCGAAUAGAGUUCUUAUCUGUGGGGAUGUUAAAGGAAAGGUGAAAGCAUUGUUUUCAAGAGUUCUAAAGAUUAUGGCUUCAGCUGGACAAUUUGAUAUGAUGUUUUGUUUGGGAGACUUUUUCGGAAAUAAUAUUGAAGAAGUGGAAGGGCUGAUUGAUGGAAACAUCGCAGUGCCCCUUCCAACAUACAUUGUGUCUCCACUUACAGAAUCUGCUCGCAAAUUUUGUGACCAAGAAUCUGGUUGUAAACUAUGCAGCAACCUCACAUAUUUAGGUUCUAAGGGUACGUAUACGACGAUGACUGGUCUGCGUGUGGUGUACAUGGCCGAACCAGAGACCAAUGCUGAUAGUUCCAGCCUACCACCCAGUUUACUCAGCGAAGCUCUUGCAGCAGAAGACUAUGGAUUUUUGGGGGUUGAUCUUCUGCUCACCUGUCAGUGGCCAAAACAUAUAAAUAACUGCAUAGUUGGUCAGUUUCCUGAUAGUUGUCAACCUUGUCUUGACACUGCUUCUAUGUCGAUUUCUCGACUUGCUUUUCUUACUCGUCCGCGGUACCACUUUUCAUGUGGCAAUGGUGUAUACUACGAAAGGUCACCCUACAGAAAUCAUCGUGUAUUACAAGAGAAAGCGUGUCAUACUACACGUUUUAUAGCUUUGGCUGAUGUGAAAAAUCCUCUUAACCAAAAGUAUUUGUAUGCUCUAAAGUUGACGCCUAUCGACAAAAUGGAUCAUUUAGACUUGAUUAAUCAACCACCGGAUGUAACUGAGAAUCCAUAUCUUGGAGUUAUUGAUCGAGAACCUGUAGCAGAUAAAGAAACAGAGGUUCAAACAGACCAAUACUUUUAUAACUUAAAUGCCAAGAAAGAACCAUACAUUCCUAGAAAGAAAGGCGUUUCACAAAAGCGUAGAUUGAACAACAGUAGUGUUUCAGACGAAACAGCUCUCAUCAAACGUUUUUCAAAUGAUGGAGAAGAUACUAGUCAAGAAGGCUUUCAAGAAAAAAUUGAUAAGUACAAAAUUCAUGAUGAUUGUUGGUUUUGUUUAGGCAAUCCAGAGGUGAAAAAGCAUUUACUUGUUAGUAUUGGUACACAAGUCUAUAUGGCAUUGCCUCGUGGACCUAUUGUACCGGAUCAUGUGCUCAUUUUAACUAUUGGUCAUUAUCAAAGUUGGAUUACCUGUCCUGAUUAUGUUCGUGAAGAAAUUCAAGCGUAUAAAUCACGAUUAAAACGCAUGUAUGAUGCACAAAAUAAAACCAUGGUUGUAUUUGAAAGGAAUUUAAAAACACAACAUUAUCAACUUCAAGUUGUUCCUGUACCGUAUUCAGUAGCAGCUAAUGUGAAGAAAUCAUUUCUUGAUAUGUCAGUCAGUUUUGAAGGUAGUCCAUGUGAGCUAAAGCAGAUUCCUCGUCGAACAGAUAUAGAUCAAAUUUGUCGAGUAGGCAUUCCUUACUUUUUUGUUGAAUUACCUACUGGUGAGAAGCUGUUUGGUCGGAUACCAAAAGAUCGUAUAUCCAGUGCAAAUCUACAAUUUGGUCGUAUCGUUCUAACUGAUCCAAAUAUCCUGAAUUGUCCAGAGAAAGCGGAUUGGCAUGAUUGUACAGAAGAUGAAGAAGUGGAGGCUGAUAUGGCGAAAGAAUUUCGUAAAAUAUUUUCCAAAUAUGAAGAGAUGUAAAGAAAGAAGCACCUCCAAUUGACUCCAUCUCGCCCUCUUCGCGUUUUAUUCCCCUUCAUUAUUCUUUUCUAAAUAUCAGUUUUAUUUACUGAUUGUACACACUGUUGUAGUCAGCAUUGUUUUUUUGUUUUGUUUGUCUUUUCAUUGGUCUCUUUGUUUUCGCGCCUCUGAUCACACUUUUUAUAUUUUUUUUAUUGGUGAGAAAGAUUAUUCAUUCUUGUACAGAGUAAUAUACUUACUACCUGGCAUAUUCGCAUAUACAUACAUAUAUAGAUUCUUAAAUAAUAUAUAUGUAUCCCUCAUGUUG